AUGACCCACGUGCUAUGCGGGUCCUUAUUCGCUAAGCAUUUUCAAUAUCAAUUUGGUCAAAAGAGAGCAUCUAGAUUCAAAGUGGACUUUGGGAAGCUAUUUGAACAUAAGUCAUAUGUUGAUUUGCCUCAGGUGGAGAUUCCAUUUACGCUGGAGGAAAUCAAAAGUGUGGUGUUUGAUUUGGGUCAUGAUAAAGCACCGGGCCCUAAUGGCUUUCCUCAGUUUUUUUGUUUUUUCAAACAUUUAUGGGACACGAUUAAGGAAGAUCUCUGGAGGCUUUGUGAUGACUUCUUCUUUGGUAAAGCAAAUCUAAAAAGAAUAAACUGGGCUUGUAUUGCCCUUAUCCCAAAGGUGGACACUCUAGGGGCCCCAGGGGACUAUCGACCCAUCAGCAUGAUUAAUUCCACUUUGAAAAUUAUCUCAAAGUUGAUAGCGACUCCUCUGGACAAGGUCAUUAACGGGCUGGUAGACGUUGAACAGUCUGUCUUUUUAAAGGGGAGAUAUAACCUGGACAACAUUGCUUCGCUGGAGGAGUUAAUUUUCAGUAUCCAUAAGUGGAGAAUGCAUGGUCAUAUAUUGAAAGUGGAUUUUGCUAAAGCGUUUGAUAUGAUGGACUGGGAUUUCUUACUUGAUCUGCUCAAGGCUAGAGGUUUUUGGGAGCGUUGGGGUGGAUGGAUCUGGAGUAUUCUGGUUUCCUCGAAGGCCAUUGUCCUUAUUAAUGGUUCCCCACAUGGUUAUGUGCGCUAG